AUGGCGUCCCCCCACUCCAGCAACUCCAACCCGUUCGACGGACUCGUGCCCGACGCCACCGCCGUUCGUGAUCUCGACAUCCACACCCGUGUUCCCAUCAAGCUCGACCAAUCCACCUCCUCGUACUACGCGUGGAAGACCUACUUCAACCUCGUCUUCCGCGAGUACCACCUUCUCGAGCAUGUCGACGGGACCAUCGAUGGCGACCUCAUGGCGGAUGAUCUGGACUGGGCGGCCAUUGAGGCCUCCCUCAUCCGGUGGUUCUACCUCACCGUCUCUCCGGACAUCUUCCACACGGUCGUCGCGGACGACGACGACGCGUGUGCCCAGGAAUUUUUCGGGUGCCACCAAGAUGAUUCCUCCAUCGACAACUACUGCAUGCGCCUCAAGCGCCUCGCCGACGAGCUUCGCGACAUCGGCGCCAAGGUGUCGGACGAGCUCAUGCUUAGCACCCUCACCGCCGGCCUCAACGAGGAUUUCGGCAACGUGGCCUCGAACCUCUCCCUGCUGCCGAACCCGACCUUCCAGUCCGUCGCUGCAUAUUUACGUUUGGAGGAACGCCAGAUGAAGAAGGUCAAGGCCCGUGUCCAUCACACCGCCCUCGCCGCCGGGACAUCUCGUGGGCAGCAGCAGCCCCCUCCGCCCCAACCACGUCCGCCGGCGCCACUGGGGUACUUCCCCCUCCCGCCCGCUCCGCCCGCACCUCCUGCUCCUUAG